UGAUUUUUGAAACAAAUGAAUUGCAAAGCAGAUCACUCAGCCACUCAGUUUCCCCAACAAUUAUUGCCCUUUUCAUUUUUUUUUUUUUUUUUGCUCGAAAUUUUCAUCCUACAUCGAUUAAGAAUUGAUCGGUCCCUCGAAUUCUACGAACUGAGAAUUCACAGUGAAUCACCCAAGAUUACUCUUUUUUCCCUUCCCUCCCAAUUUUGUAGUAAUUGAAAUAAAUGGCUCUUCCUAGUGCUGCCCUGAGCUUCUGCUGUGUCUCUUUCAACCCUCAAGCUUCUCUCUUCAGGCAAUGCAGCAUCAAACCAUCUAGAUUAUCUUCCCCAUCGCUUCCAAGAUUCAGAAUUCAAGGGAAAGCAGUAGAAAGUGGUAAUGCCCCAUUUGAAGCAGAUGAUUCAUCUCUUGUGGUUUGCUUUGGGGAAAUGCUUAUCGAUUUUGUGCCAACCACAAGUGGACUCGCUUUGGCUGAAGCACCGGCGUUUAAGAAAGCUCCCGGAGGUGCACCUGCUAAUGUGGCUGUUGGCAUUGCUCGACUUGGCGGUGCAUCGGCAUUUAUAGGGAAGGUGGGAGAGGAUGAAUUUGGCUACAUGCUUGCAAAUAUUCUUAAGGAGAAUAAUGUGAAUAACGAAGGAAUGAGGUUUGAUCCUGGUGCUCGAACUGCACUAGCUUUUGUAACUCUCAGGAAAGAUGGGGAACGCGAGUUCAUGUUUUAUCGCAAUCCCAGUGCGGAUAUGUUGCUCCAGGAAGCCGAACUUGACUUUGAGUUGAUAAAAAAGGCCAAAAUUUUCCACUACGGCUCUAUAAGCUUGAUUACAGAACCUUGCAAAUCUGCCCACAUAGCUGCUGUGAAGGCUGCAAAGGAGGCUGGUGUGAUCUUGUCAUAUGAUCCUAAUUUAAGGCUUCCAUUGUGGCCAUCUGCAGAUAGUGCCAGAGAAGGCAUUCUUAGCAUAUGGGAUGCAGCAGAUAUUAUUAAGAUCAGCGAGGAGGAGAUAAGCUUUCUGACUCAAGGAGAAGACCCAUAUGACGAUAAUGUAGUUCGGAAACUGUACCAUGAAAAUCUCAAGUUACUCCUAGUAACUGAAGGUCCUGAAGGCUGCCGAUAUUAUACCAAGGAGUUUAGUGGAAGGGUGAAGGGUCUGAAGGUGGAAGCUGUGGAUACAACAGGUGCCGGGGAUGCUUUUGUUGCUGGAAUCCUUUCACAGUUUGCUCUUGACACCUCGUUGCUUCAGAAUGAGGAUCGACUGAGAGAUGCACUGAGAUUCGCUAAUGCUUGUGGAGCCUUGACCGUGAUGGAAAGAGGCGCUAUUCCUGCUCUGCCCACGAGAGAGACAGUGCUCAACGCCCUGCUCAAGCCUGUAACCUAGAUUUCCGCAUAACACCAAAUCCGAACGCCUUUCCAAGGUAUCGCUCUUUUCCAGUGUAGAGAGACAUGUUGAUUGCUGUUUCAUGGAUUUAUCUAGGAUAGACUUGAUCAUUUCGAGUUGUCUUGCAGACAUCUUGUAUUGAACACAAAUAUGACCAUGAGCUCGGUCACUAGCUCAAGGGUCUGGCAUGAUUAAGUUUGAACUUUGUUCCUUUCUUUUAUGGAAGCCCGAACGAUUUUUAUCGAAUCAUGAUAUUCUUAGCUCGACUUAUUUACAGUUCAAUAUACAAGAUUUAAAACUCCA